GGGUCAGACUGUCAGACAGGGUCCACCAAGUCCUCAGUUUCCUAUAAAUGAUGGAGUUGGUUCUCUGCCACUGAAAUGAAGGUGCCCUUGACGUCCACUCAAAUGUGGAUAAAAUAAAAGCAGUUCGAUCCCUUAAAAAAGAGAAAAAAAUGAAAAACAGAAUCAUUAAAUACACAAAAUGCUGAGCAAAGCUGCCGCAGUGGUCUCUGUAUCAGCAUAUCUCUUCAACCCACAACCCAAAACUCCUAAAUUUCAGGGGAAGCUGUCUCUACAAUCCAACCCUUUAACACACUCCAAUUCUUUAACUCAUACAUGGGGAAACAAUUAUUCUAGUAAUAUACUCAAAAUGGAUAAUGGGUCAUCUUCUGCUUUUGUUACUCGUGCUUCUGCAAAUCCUCUGCAGAAUGCUGAUGAGUUGAUUGACUCUGUAGAGACUUUUAUUUUUGAUUGCGAUGGCGUCAUAUGGAAAGGGGAUUCACUGAUUGAUGGAGUCCCAGAAACUCUUGAUAUGCUUCGGGCAAAGGGUAAACGAUUAGUAUUUGUAACGAACAAUUCAACAAAGUCUAGGAAACAGUACGGGAAAAAAUUUGAGACUCUGGGUCUUUCUGUCAAUGAGGAGGAGAUUUUUGCAUCAUCUUUUGCAGCUGCUGCCUACUUGACUUCAAUCAAUUUUCCGAAAGAUAAAAAGGUUUAUGUGAUUGGCGAGGAAGGCAUUUUGAAGGAGCUUGAGCUUGCUGGCUUUCAGCAUCUGGGGGGACCGGAUGAUGGUGGAAAAAAGAUAGAGCUUAAGCCUGGAUUUUAUAUGGAGCAUGACGAAAAUGUCGGGGCCGUUGUUGUUGGAUUUGAUCGUUAUUUUAACUAUUACAAAGUCCAGUAUGGUACAUUAUGCAUACGUGAAAACCCAGGUUGCCUUUUCAUUGCUACAAAUCGUGAUGCUGUCACUCAUCUCACAGAUGCACAGGAGUGGGCAGGUGGUGGUUCUAUGGUUGGUGCACUUUGUGGAUCUACCCAACAGGAGCCGCUUGUUGUUGGGAAACCAUCAACCUUUAUGAUGGACUAUGUAUCGGACAAAUUUGGAAUCACAAAAUCCCAAAUAUGCAUGGUUGGUGAUAGACUAGAUACAGAUAUUCUCUUCGGACAGAAUGGUGGUUGCAAAACCCUUCUUGUUCUCUCAGGUGUUACGAGUUUGUCUAUGCUUGAAAAUCCGAACAACUCCAUUCAACCAGACUUUUACACCGGCAAGAUUUCUGACUUCCUAUCUCUAAAAGCUGCCACCGUGUGAGUACGCAAGGAGUCGAUGUGUAUUUUAAUCCUCCUCCAUUCUUUAUCAUGCAAGUAUUAUCACGAAUUCAUAAUGUUAUAAGAUAUCACAUAUGUAACUGAGUUGUUUUUCUGAAGUGUAUGUAUGGUCGACAAAUUGAUAGAAAAGAACUGCUCUUCUUACUGUA